ACAUCAAACAUGACCGAAACAGACACAACAAACAAGCUUAUUCAGACAAAACCGUGCCACUUCAGGCUCUUUGUUCUACAAACAGUUAAAAAGGAGGAGCGAACAUGUCAGUUUGUUUAGAGAACCGUUAUUCUCAAAUUGAUACACAGAGUCCUCGUGACAGCAGCAGCGCAUCUCGCGCGGAGUGCCAAUGUGGGUGUUUCAUGACGCGCGCGUCAAUUACAGGUGUCCAUUAACCACCGCGCGCAUCACGACCAAGGAAUAACGCGGAACACGAAACGCUUUCUGUUUAUCCAGGUAAACAUUAGUGAAGACACUAAAAAACACAUGUAUCUACAGACAAGUCUGCUAUUAACAUCCUCUGCCACUGACAACCGCAACUUUAUUUGGAUUGAGUCACGUCCCGACCCGACGGUGUUCAAACGGUGUCACGCGUCUGAAAAUGAACUCAUCGUGACUGGAAGACGCUUAUCAUCGUGACUGCUGAUGUCCUCUGGAGAUCUAAAGAGCCCUGAUCUGCUCAGCGGCGGAUCACAACACAGGAGGAGACCCAGGCACUGUGAGACGUUAGCAUUCCCUCAUUGCACCAGCUGUCAGGAAAAGAGCAUCUGCAGAUAUUCAUUUCUUCUUGUGAAAGAGCCCCUGGAGGACCUUCGGAAAGUGCCUCUUCAGUUUCACUUUUGCAAUAUAUCGGACAUUUUGCGUUUUCGUGGAACGUGCUUCAAGUGAAAUCAGGUCACUUUCUUUGACCUCCGGUCAGUGGGAAACCUUUCCGUUGGUUAACUUUGAAAAAAUGAGCUCAGCAAACGCUUGGAUAGACUCUUAAUGGUUUUAAACAACAGGAUUCAUAGAAAUAUGAUAGCUAUGGUCUGUUCAUGUGCUUUGAGACUUGAUGCGUGAAAUCUACGACACAACUAGCAGGUCUCCUUAAGACUUUAAAUCUUCCCACUGGAUCCUGGAGGGCACAAACUUUAUCAAGGUGAUCAUCAUGGUGAUGUCGCAGGGCACCUAUACAUUUUUGGCAUGCUUUGCCGGAUUCUGGCUGAUUUGGGCUCUCAUUGUCAUGCUUUGCUGCUUUUGCAGCUUCGCCCAGCGCAAGCUCAAGCGCCGGCGUGAAGAGAGGCUGAGGGAACAGUGCCUGCGGGCGCUGGAGAUGGAGCCUCUGGACUGCACCGGAGGAGGAUACCCUCCUAGAGAGCCCCCUCAAUUCUGCCCUCCACUUCAAAUGAUGUCUCCACAGCUGCCUGUUACACACACUCUCCCUCAAGCAAACUGGACCGUCUCUGAAGCAGACACCGAUAUCUUUGGAAAACCUCCAUGCUACGAAGAGGCCGUGUUGAUGGAGGACCCACCGCCCCCUUACAGUGAAGUUCUGGCGGACCCCAGGGGAGGAACUUACACCAAACCUACAACCAGGUCCUCCAGGGAGCACCAGGAGUCGGAGACCAGCAAGAUGGCCCCCGUGACCGUGUUUCCCGAACGUGGCUACUCGUCCCUCAUACGCCUACCUUCGGCCAGACGCUGGGACUCACUGGGGCACCUCCUGUCCACCAUGGACCUCAACCACAACAACCUACCAGUCGAGCCCCAGGCCUCUGCCAUCGCCACCAUGCCUCGUGAGGGCCGGACUCACACAGACUUGGGCUUGCGGGGACUCCGCGGUCUGGAUCAACACUAUGGUUUGCCCACCGCAUUUCCCCUUUUGGGUCGAAGCACAGCAGUAUGAGCCCACAAAAAUAGACCUACAGACCACUUUCUGAGAUGAACGCUCACAAUGCUGAGUCAUAUGUGGUCUGAAGAGUCUGCCAGAGGUAUUUCAAAAGCUGUCUUUUGGGGGCAGAAUCGGUUUAGGAUGAUUCAGCUUUGUUCAGGGGUUCAUUUGCAGAUCCAUCACACUCGCUUUUCUCUCUCGUCCUCUUUGCUCUCCGUGGCAUCUCUGCCUGAUGCAGAGCAGCAGCUAUUAUGUGAAUGCUGUUGCCAUGGCUCCCAGGAGCUGUCUGCAGCCCACCAACGCCUCGCCCCUCACAUCCUCUCUUCCUCCUUUCUCAUCUGCGGCUCACUGAUAUAAUACAAAUGACAUUUCAAACCCUGUCUUUGUGAAACAGGGUAAAACACAGAAGUGCGACAUAGACAGCGGUUGCUCCGUGCUGUAGCUACACAAUGCUGCUCAGCUGUACAAAAUGUUGUUUCAUAAACUGGAAAACAAUACCUGGCAUCUCUUUCUGGAUUUUGUGCCAGUUUCUUUCUCGGGAAGGAGUCUGAACUUUGGUGGUGGAAAAGCUUCAAAGUAAUCACAAAUUCCUCAAAAGGAAGUUGCCUGAGGAGUUGCAAUUUUUGAAACAUAUCUGUAGUGUCCAUUGAAGAAAGUUGUCUCUCACAGCUUUUAAUACAUUACCAUGCGGGUACACUGAGAAACUGCCUUUAAUUUCAUGUCAGUAGUACUAUUCUCUUUUUUACAGAUUCUGAAUCUCUGUAUGAAUAAUGAUUUUUUGAAUAAUAUUAAAUCCAUCAUCCUGAAGUGCUCCUCAGAUUGAUGAUAGCACCUUGUUUGUAAUGACCUGCGAAUAGGAUUUGUCAACAUUUUCAAGCAUCACCAUGUUUCCCAUGGUACUUCCUGCUGUCGUUGAAGCCACAUGUGGGAUUUCCAGCAUUUAUUUAACAAACUGCAUUCAUUUAAUGGUGCUUCUCCAAAUUAGACCAACUGAAUCCCCUUUUUUCCCUGAAAUCAAUGUGGUGAUUGCUGCGUUGUGAAAAUGCUUGAUUUCAUUCUUUUUCCUUUUACUGCCAUCAUUUCUAUUAUGUAUGUUUCCAUGCCCUUAAACGAUUCUACCUCAAUCCAUCUAAUGGCCGUCUUUGUCAGUUUCCCAGCAUAAAACACUGCUUUCAUGCAUGUGCUGGAUGCUUUCAAAUGACAUUUGAUUAAAAUAAGCUCUAUUUUGGAAAUGUGAAAAAGCAAUUAGCAGCGUAUGUGGGCACACGUUCAGCACAAUGCUUUUACUACAUCAUAGUGAUGUCUUUGCUUUGUUUUUUUUAAUUGCGCAGCCAUUACUAGACCUCCCGAAAAUAACAAAAGCAUAAAGGAAUCGUACUUCCCACAACCCACAUUAUUAGGCUUGAUGUACGAGGCAUUGUUCCCUCCUUCAUUAUAACCUGUGCAGACUAAAUUAAAUAAUGCAAUUAAAUGAAGAAUAUAUUUAUCACUUUUUAUUUCUACAAAGAUGCCCAUGUCAGAUGUUGGAAAUCGAAACAAGCGCUGCUUCUUAUUACAUAAAUGACAAAAUGAAGGUGGGAUCAUUAGACAAAUGGAUUCUUUUGAAAAGGUUGAGGAAAAAUGCCUUGAGUACCAAAAUACUGAAGUACACCCUACUCUCUUUUUGAGAUAAAAAUAAGAAUGUUUUGGAAAAAAAAGAAAAGAAAAACAAACUAAUGAACUAACCUUAAAUGGCCAAAUACUGAUCAAUUCAGGGGAAAUAUUCAUAUUUUGCACAGACCAAAAUACAAAAUUGUACAAGACAAUCAGUGAAAUUUACUGCACCUUAAUGUCAUUUCAAAAACACCCUCUUACAGUAAGUUACACUACGGCAUUCAAGAUGUGACUACAGCCCCCAAAUACUUCCACUGUAAAAUUAACCUAUGGGACAGGUUUGAUUGUUAUUUUGGGAAAGUAUAGUUAUUUUAAAAUGUCUGUACUGUAUAUGCUUUUUCCACUCUGUUUUUAUAUAUAUUCGGGUACAUCACAGCAGAAGCUAAGGACAGAGAUGUAAACGGUCUUCUCUCUGCCAGCAAUGUGUUGCUAAGCGACCGUAGCAGAGCCGUGUGAAUCUGUUUGCAUAGAUGAAGUGAGCAGUACCGUCACUGCUCUGGUACACAGCCUUCUCACAUCCACUAUGAUAAGUGGACUGUGGUCUGCAAAUUAGCAUACAGUAUAUGAGACAUUAUGUACCAAACGUACCCCGUUUGUGCCAUUUUCAGUGAAAGCUGUUAUUAAGCGGCUCUGAUGUAUCAAUCAAAAGGGUUUUUUGUGCGUAAAUCUCUUUUGAUCUGGCAAGAGUCUCAAUUGAGACCCAAUUUUGUUCCUAUUUGACACCAGAUUUACACUCCAGAUUUUCUAUAGCACAUUUUCUUUCUUGUCACAUGAACUGUGAAUGGCAAACUGUGAAAGUGUAUCAUGCAAUGUUCAUGUAGCAUGCAAAGUGUGCUUGUGUGUGCAGACACACAGAAUUAAGAGCUGUACUAAUUCAUAGCUGCUAUAUAUUUCAGUGUUCAUGUGAGGAUUUUUGGUUAGUUUCUAAAAAUAUACACGAUACACAAACGGGGCCAGUGAAUGCCUAACAUAUCUGAUUAAUAAAACUGAGGUGCAAAGUC